AUGAGUUCCAAGGUCACGUACUCUCUUGAAGAGCUCUUGAGCUUUCAGUCAAAGGGAGUCAUUUUUCGAGAUACUAUACUUCCUGACAAGGACUUCUGGAGGUUCAACGCAAAACUCAUAUCCAAACUCAAUGUUGGAUUGAAUCGGGGGAAUCAAAAGGGCCACAAUAAUUUCAAAAAGAAGACUCCUUAUAAGCCCGCUGCUGAGGAGAACUCUGAGGAGGAAGUUCCAGAGUGGCUGGACGAGACAGAUUUCCAAGUGGAUAGCACUUUCGUUGGUUACAAUAGUAUCGGAUCCCAUACCUACGAAGAUUUCGAACGGGAAAAAAGAGAGUAUCACAUGAAAAACGGUUAUUACGAUCAGCUCAAACACGACGAGAUUGUAAAGACAAACCCAGCACACGAGGAGCACACCUUGAGGGAGGAGAGAACAGCGUCCUCAUCCGCAGAAGAUUAUCAAUUUGAUAAGGAGCUCGAGCUAAAAGACCAUCUCAAUCGUCAAUUCUUUGACAACCUACUCAAAAGUAACCUUGAAUCAAAGCAAGGAAUCUCCAAAGUUUUGUCCCAGCCUAAUAUCCAGCCCAAAACUCCUGAAACGUCCAAGUUCGAGCGAUUAUUUCAGUCUAAUAAUAGCUUGGAGUUGCCUAGCCAAGCUCCGCAAUCCAACUUCGCACCGCCAAAUCCUUCUCAGAACUAUACUUCACAAAAUGAAAGGCCCCAUAACAUUUCCGCCCCUCCUUCUGUGCCGCCAUAUGGGGCAAUGCUACCUCCUGGCUUGCCGAUUGGCCAUCAGCAGGGUCAAAGAUUUCCAGGUCCGCCCCUGGAUUUCAAUCCGGCAGGUUUGCCGCCGCCUCCACCUGAACUAUUGAAGCUUAUUCAGGAAGGUAAACUGCCUCCUUUACCAGGAAUGUAUCCGGGAGUGGCAGGUUCGAAUCCUCAGCUUCCUCCACAAUUUCCCCCAUUCCCUAAUUUUCGAGGGGCUCCCCAACAUCCGUCGAUGCCACCCCCACCCGAAUUUGGUUUCCCCAUGGGUGUUCAAAAUCUAGCAAAUCCCAACGACCCUCGUGUGAAUGUGAGGAACCUGUCUAAUCCCCCACCUCCCCCCGGUCUGAUGCAGUUUCCUCAGUUUCCCCAGCAAAGUGAUUAUUCCCAUGGCAAUCGUGGGCCAUCUACCUAA